AAAGAAUCCCACGAUGCGGCUCUGACCAAGCAAUUCGACGUCUCCCGCCGCAAUGGAAUCGGCGCAGUCAUGCAGAAACAUGGAGUAGACGUGCUUAUCGUCCCGUCCGAGGCUACCAGACUGGCCGCAAUAACUGGCAUGAUAGCCACAUCAUCUCUCAUAAUAACAGUCGGGCUGACUUCAGCGCCUGGAAGGCUACCCUAUAGCAACCGCACCCGUGGGAUUGGAUGACGAAGGAGUGCUUUUCGGGUUAUGCCUUUUCUCCGGUAGACUGAGGGG